AUCGAUGAUUUUGAUUCAUCAAUAGAAAGGCAAGCAAUCCCUAGAGAGAGAGAGAGAGAGAGAGAGAGAGAGAGAAGCUCCGGUACUAUCGACAACAAUGGCGGAGGAGCUAGUGUUGGACACGGCGAUCAGAGACUGGGUGUUGAUACCGUUGUCGGUGGUGAUGGUCCUCAUCGGGAUUCUCCGCUACUUCGUCAGUAAGCUGAUGCGAUCCUCUCAAGUCCCCGACGUUAAGAUCGUCAAGGAAGGGCAAGUGAUUGUUCGGGCGAGGAACUUGCGGGCGGCUGCUAAUUUCAUCCCUGCCAAGUCGUUUCGUGCUCGCAGGUUCUAUUACAGCAACGAGGAGAAUGGGCUACUCUUUGUGCCAAAGGGUCAAUCUCAGAAUGCACAAGCCCAAAUGUUCUCUGACCCAAAUAUGGCUAUGGAUAUGAUGAAAAAGAACCUCUCCAUGAUCAUUCCACAGACUCUGACUUUUGCCUGGGUCAACUUCUUCUUUUCGGGAUUUGUUGCAGCUAAAAUCCCGUUUCCGCUUACUCAGAGGUUCAGGUCAAUGUUGCAGAAUGGCAUUGAUUUAAGCACUGUCGAUGUUAGUUAUGUCAGCAGUCGCUCGUGGUACUUCCUCAAUCUUUUUGGGUUGAGAGGUUUAUUUAGUCUCAUUCUGGGAGAAGAAAAUGCUACUGACGAUACACAGCGUAUGAUGCAAAUGAGCGGCUUUGGCGUUGAUCCCACAAAGAGCUUGGGUGCCGAGAAGGAUGGUCUUGACAUUGUUCAACAUGAUUGGGCCUUGCCAAAAUUCGAGCAACGAGCGGAGUCAGUACUGCGGAAGCUUGUCCACUGAGCAGUACCAAAGCAAUCGUGGUUUACCCUUCAUUAGACCAGUCUCAUAUGGAUGUAGCAGAUUUUUAUCAGCCGGGGCAUUCACAGUGGUUCGAAGAAUUGUUAGAGGAGCAUGGGAAACUGAUAUCUAUAAUCUUUUCUAAGCUUUUCAAUCUAAAUUUUGAGAAAUUAACAAAGAAAUUACUCCACUGUCUCAAAUGUUGUAGAAGAGUGUCUGAGCUAUAAAUUAUUGGGCCUCUCUUUUCUUUUUAUUGCCAGACCUAUUCCUCAUUGCUGCAGUGUAAUGUGAAUUUGACCUUUUCGUCAAUCAUUUGAGUUUAUACGCGGGGCAGGAAGUGAUGACAUGUCA